CCAAAGUGCCACCGCUGCAGCUGGAACAAGGAUGCAACGGCCUCUGCGGUGCCAGCUCUGCACCUCUGGGGCAUAAAUCGCUGUUGUCCUGCCUCUCCAGCCACCGAACCCCACAGCUUUUAAAACUACAGCCAAGACCUUGACUGGCCUCAUCCAGAAGCCGCGUCGCAGAUAGAGGAGGGGAUGGACCUCGCCAGCUAUAUAAAGCAAACCCGCUAAGCCGGAACUCCUGGAGCUGCGAGGUCCAGGCGGGGACCAGCCUGAGGAUGAAGAAUCUCCUCUUUGCCGUGAUCUUGGCUUGCGGGCUGCUGCCGGCCCGCGGCAGCGUUUUGGAGCUGGAGCGGAUGAUCAAGUCGACCACGGGGAAAAGUGCCCUGCUCUCCUACAGCUGGUACGGGUGUUUCUGCGGCAUCGGGGGCAGAGGGACCCCGGUGGACUCCACCGACCGAUGCUGCCUUGCCCAUGACUGCUGCUACAGGAGGCUGAGAGAGGGCAAGUGCAGACCCCUGAUAACCCCCUACCACUUCGACACUGACGAUGGAGACAUCGUCUGCAGUAACGAGCAGAGCUGGUGCAAGAAAGAGACCUGCCUCUGCGACAAAGCGGUGGCUUCGUGCUUCGCGAGCGCUUUGCAUUCCUACGAUAAAUCCUACCGCUUCUAUUUCAAGCUGAAAUGCCGAGGAAGUAAGCUCCAGUGCUGAGGAGGGGAAGUCUGCACACGAAGUUGCAGAUUUUGAUGGGCUUUCCCCAUUUCUAUGGCAAGAAAAACCUGAUGUGGGGGCUGACCAGAGCCAGAGCCAGCAAGGCUCACCGCGGGGUGAUGCUCAGGGUGAGGAAGGGCACGCACACAUUACGGAUGGAGGUCCCCCCAGAACGACACGCCAGCUUCCAUUUUUUUGUCCCUUCCUCCUCUCUUUUGGUUUAAUUUCCCAGCAAAGAUAAUAAAAAGUAUUCAAAAUGA